AUGCAAUCUGCUUUGACCGACUUUUUAGCCUCAAAUAAUAUCUCCGCUGCUCAGAUCCAUGCCGAUUACGAACGUCGGCAAAGAGAAGCCCAGCAGCAGGAGCAGCAAGAAGCUAGUUCCAGCAGAAGAAACACCGAGGCUCCCGAGACAGCCCAGGAGAACGAGGUAGAGGUCACUACUCAGAAGAAAAAACGAAAGCGUGAUCAGGAGCAAGCACUUGCCAGAAUAAAGGAUGGGAAGAACUCAAAGAAGAAGAAAAAGGGGAAAGGCGGCAAGCUUUUUGAGGAUGAUGAUGAUGACUAUGAUCUAUCUGUAGAUUUGUACGCAAAAAAGAAACCUCUGCCGGGGCAGCUUGACAACUGCGAACAGUGUGAAAAACGUUUUACGGUUACGCCUUACAGCAAGACCGGCCCAGAUGGUGGUCUACUCUGUACCAAAUGUUCUAAGGAGCAAGAAGCAGGACGGAAGCAAGCCGAGAAGGCGAAGAGGAACGACGUAGUACGCGAAAAGCGCCGUCAAGUUCAGAGCAACCUUUUGGAUGGUAUCGUUCGUUUCGGUUCGAACACGUUGCUGGAAGUGUGUAUCAAAGAGGUUGCGAAUAAUGUCCAUGACAUCGACGAAUUUGGUGACCUCCCGCCCGCGCUACUCACGAGCCUGAGCCAGCUAUUCUCCAAAAAACGAGUACUUGACUCGCGGACCCUUAGCCUCUUUCUUCGGCCGGGCCUCGAGAAUAUCGAUCUUUUCGACUGUGCAAAUCUUGAGACCGGCGACUACAAGACUAUAAUAUCUAUGAUGCCCACUGUUCGACAUUUGAAUCUAAGAAACGCUGGCCAAUUCAAGGAUGAAGUCCUCGAUUACCUCAUGGAGCGUGACGUGCCAAUUACGGAACUGCAACUCGAUGCUGCGAACCUGGUGUCGAAAGACAAGUGGAUAGAAUAUAUUUCCACAUCUGGUCAUCGAUUCAGAACGGUGAAAUUAUCGGCCCUGGAAGACGAAUUCGACAAUGAGGUAUUCACGCACUUAGUGCAGCAUUGCCCUAAAAUCCAGCGACUCAAGUUGCGCCAAUGUAGCAAGCUUGGGGAUGGGUCACUUGCUGCCAUUUCUCGAUUGGAUCAUUUGGAGCACCUUUCUCUCCAGUUUGAGCAGCCUACGUCUUCAGCGACCUUAGCGACCUUGAUUUUGACCGUCGGCUCUAAUCUUCGGACUCUAUCCCUCGAAGGUUUCGCCGAAGCGGAGGAUGAAGUUUUGGCGGCAAUUAGAUCAUCCUGCUCGAAACUCGCCAAAUUGCGAUUUACUCAAAAUGACUGUUGUACGGAUGCUGGAUUCAAGAGGCUAUUCUCUGACAUAGCAACCCCAUCGCUUUCGUUUAUCGAUCUGUCACACGAUCGUUCUAUUGACAAUACGGUGCCCGAGGGACCGGAAGAGCCUGUCGGUCUCGCCUCUGCCGGUUUUGAGGCAUUAAUGGAGCAUUCUGGCUCGACACUAGAAGUGCUGAAUAUUUGCUCAUGCCGACAUAUCAGUCACGAGGCGCUUUCUAAAGUCUUCGAUGGAAGGCUUCAGUACCCAAGUCUAAAAGAUGUGAAUAUCUCCUUCUCGACGAAGAUUGACACCACCGUCGUCGCUGCGAUGUUCAAAUCUUGUCUUCGACUUACCAAGGUGACGGCCUUUGGCUGCUUCAACGUGACAGACGUGGAAGUUCCAAGGGGUGUUGCGCUCAUUGGUAUCCCAAGAGCUCAAGAUUCUCUCAUCCAAGGGGGCGAAGCUGAUAUUGAUGUCUGGCACUGA